AUGUUGACAGUAGAUAGGCUCUGUCCCCUUCACGUUCGAGAUAAAAUCAAUAUCAAAGGUAUUAAUAUUAAUUACCUUAAAACUGGUACUGGAAAACAAGCAGUGUUUUUUUCACCAGGUGCAUUAGGAAGUAUAUGGACAGACUUUAAGCCACAAAUUGAAAGCUUAGACAAAACCAAAUUUACAAUCGUUGCGUGGGAUCCACCAGGUUAUGGAAAAUCUCGUCCACCGGAUAGAGAUUUCUCAGGGGAUUUUGGUCAACGAGAUGCUGACUAUGCUUAUGAAUUAAUGAAUACCUUAGGUUUUUCUAAAUUUUCUCUCGUUUCUUGGAGUAUCGGUGGCAUAUAUUCUAUGAUAAUUGCUGCUAAAUACCCUCAGUGUGUUAAUAAACUUAUUUUAAUAAGUUGUCCCAUACAAGCAUCUUUUCAAGCUAUAGAAGCUCACAAAGCUUUGAAAAAUCUAAGUACAUGGCCUGAAGAAAGGAAAGCACCCUUGCUAGCAAUGUACGGUGAAGAGUAUCUCAGUAAAAUAUGGAAUUCAUGGGUAGAUACUUUGGUUUAUUUUUAUGAAAAUAAAAAUGAUACUAUUCUUAAAGAAGUUGUUCCAAAAGUAAAAUGUCCUACAUUAAUUCUACAUGGUAAUAACGAUAACUUUGCCCAUCCAAGAAAUGCUUUCAUCCUAAAUAAUAGUAUUCGCAAUUCAAGAGUAAAGAUGAUUGUCGGAGGACAUAAUGCUCAUCUUAAAUAUUCCGACGAGUACAAUAAACUAAUAACAGAAUUUUUAUUAGAAGAAAAUUAAAACGUUAUUCUAAAAAAAACGAUAUCUAUUCUUUUUUGCACAACUCAAUUGCAAAGCAAUGAGACGUGUUUUGCUAACGCUUACUCGGUCAUGGCUGAUUCACUCACAUAAAAAUCAUAUCUACUCUUAUUUUAAUAUAAUCAAGUAAAAAAAAAUUCGUAUUAUUUGAAAGAUAAUUUAUUAAUGAAUACAACGAACACAAUUUUAAUUUACUUUUGUUAAAAAUAAUAAUUGAAAAAAACAAAAAAAAACCUGUGAUGUCC